AUGAGUCUGGAUAAAUUUCCUAUUAAUUUUGGCAAAAUGGGUAGAAGUAUCUCCAACCUUCAGCAGUUUACACGGGAGAAACUUGGUAAUGUAGAAGAUAUAACGGGUCUUCCGCCAGAGUAUCAUGAUCUUGAAAGACGCGUUGACAACUUGGAUAAGGUUCAUAGGAGGUUACUCCAAGUAACACGUAUUUACACGAAUACAUCUUAUGAUUAUCCGGACCAAAUUCGACAAUCAGUUGUAGAAAUUUCAAACAAUCUUUUUGACCAUUUAAGGACUAUUGCCCAAAGUCCUACUGCUGAUACUCAUGACACAGAAGAAUCUUCAACAUCAACUCAACAAAAAAACUUACAUCAUGCAUUAGCACGAGCCGCAAAGGACGGAGCACAACUUCUUGAUCCUGAUGAUACCCUUGGGACUGCCUUAGAAAAAUACGGAACUGCACAAGAACGUAUUGCAGAGUGUCGAUAUAAAAUGGAUUCAGAAAUUUCGUUAAAUUUUUAUCAACCUUUUUAUGCAACUUUACAUACACAAAUUCAAGGUGCUAUGAAAGCCAGAGCUAAUGUCAAGUCUGCACGCUUGUCUCUUGAUGCAGCGAAAAAUAGGUAUAAAUCUGUUCGGCAAGAAAGAAUAGAGGCUGCCAGAUUGGAAGUUGAGCAAGCUGAAGAUCAGUUCGUGGCUGCCGUUGAAGAGGCUACCACGUUGAUGAAACAAGUAAUAGAAACGGUAAACAUGCACAAUUUAAACCAUUUGCCAUAUUUGCUUUGUUUAUUUUACAUGACAUGCAAAGCGCUUGAAGAGGUUGUUCAAGAUAUUGAGGAGAUGCAGAUAAAGCAGGAGUCUUUGUACAGGUAA